UGUAUUCUCAAAAUAAAUAUCAAAAACAUUUUAUAACUUUUUCCAAAAAAAAAUGUUAAAAUUUAUCGAAUCGUUACAGUUUUUGAUUUACCAGUGAAGUUGCGAAGAUGGCGUCUACGGGUCUUCUAUCCAGUUUCUCGCCAUCGUCCUCCUUGCAACUCCGUUCUUCUUUCAACGGCGAUUAUGUAUCUCCGUCUAGCAGCUUCAUCGGAGCAGCUCCGUUCGCUUCCUCUUCUCUAUCCCUUCUCUCCGGUCAGAAGAACUCGUAUCCUCCGAGAAAACUCCACGUGUCCGCCAAGAAAGUUUCUGGAUUAGAGGAAGCCAUUAGAAUCAGAAGGAUGAGAGAGCUUGAAAAAACUUCAAAAGUAAGGAGAAACCCACCGUUACGACGUGGAAGAGUCUCCCCUCGUCUCCUCGUCCCUGACCACAUACCAAGGCCUCCUUACGUUGAGUCUGGCGUGUUACCCGAUAUAUCUCCCGAGUUCCAGAUUCCUGGUCCUGAAGGCAUUGUGAAGAUGAGAGCUGCUUGCGAGCUCGCUGCUCGGGUUCUAAACUUUGCAGGAACUUUGGUUAAACCAUCUGUGACGACUAAUGAAAUAGACAAAGCGGUGCAUGAUAUGAUUGUUGAAGCUGGUGCUUAUCCUUCGCCUCUUGGGUAUGGUGGGUUCCCUAAAAGUGUGUGUACGUCAGUGAACGAGUGUAUGUGUCAUGGGAUACCAGAUUCUCGACAGCUGCAGAGUGGGGAUAUAAUAAACAUCGAUGUCACAGUUUACUUGGAUGGUUACCAUGGAGAUACAUCAAGAACUUUCUUCUGUGGAGAAGUAGAUGAAGGUUUUAAACGACUUGUAAAGGUUACGGAGGAAUGCUUGGAGAGAGGUAUAGCCGUUUGCAAAGAUGGAGCAAGCUUCAAGAAAAUCGGCAAGAGAAUAAGCGAGCAUGCUGAAAAGAACGGCUACAACGUGGUGGAGCGCUUUGUUGGGCAUGGUGUUGGACCAGUGUUCCACUCAGAACCCUUGAUUUAUCAUUACCGAAAUGAUGGGCCUGGGCAAAUGGUCGAGGGACAAACAUUCACAAUUGAACCGAUUCUGACGAUAGGAACCACGGAAUGUGUAACAUGGCCAGACAACUGGACUACUCUAACAGCUGAUGGUGGGGUAGCCGCACAGUGUGAGCAUACGAUUCUGAUUACUAGAACUGGUUCUGAGAUUCUUACCAAAUGCUGAAACUAUUCACUUUUGUCUUUCUUUCCGUUUCCCUCUUUGUUAAAUGUUGAUUUCUUCAGGCUCUUAAUGGACCAUGAAAUCAAAUAGAAUAUACCUCCAUAUGGUUUAUGAUAAAUCAUUUUCCGUCUGUCGGUUUUUUUUUUAAGUUUACUUGUAGUAUCUGAUUUU